AUGAGCUCAUGCAAUGGUAGCCCCGAGCCUGUCGCCAUCAUAGGAAUGGCAUGCCGCCUCCCGGGAGAGGUCACCUCGCCAUCAAAGCUAUGGGACCUACUAGUUGAGGGGAGAUCAGGUCAAUCUGAUGUUCCCCGUAACCGAUUCAACGUUGAUUCCUGGUACCACCCCGACAAAAUGCGGCCGGGUAGCAUAUCAACACGAGGAGGUUACUUCCUUGGCGAAGACGACUCUUACCGUCAAUUCGAUCCGUUCUUCUUUGGGAUCAAUCCCAAAGAGGCUGCCAGUAUGGACCCCCAGCAGCGAAAACUGCUGGAGGUCGUAUAUGAGAGCUUUGAGGCGGCCGGUGCUCGUCUCGAGGACGUUUCCGGCUCAAAAACAGCUUGUUAUGUUGGAAACUUCACAUGGGAUGUUGGCCAGAUGCAAGCCCGAGAUAUUAACCAUGGUGCUCCAUAUCAUAUGACAGGUGGCGGUUUGACAAUAUUGAGCAACCGAGUAAACUAUGUGUUCAAUCUCAAAGGCCCAAGUAUGACAAUUGACACGGCAUGCUCCAGCACAAUGUAUGCUCUGCACCUGGCCUGCCGCAGUCUACAGGCUGGCGACUCCUCAGCUGCCGUGGUAGCCGGCACCAAUUUGAUCUUUGGAGUUGAACAGCAGAUUGGAAGUGUGCGGCUCGGUGUCCUCUCCCCAACCUCGGUUUGUCACACUUUUGACGAGACCGCGGAUGGAUAUGCGCGUGCGGAGGCUGUCGGAUCUCUGUACCUCAAGACUUUAUCCCAGGCUAUUGCAGACGGCGACCCAAUUCGCGCAGUCAUCCGAGGCACAUCGAUAAAUGCCAACGGCAAGAGCCCAGGAAUCAGUCAUCCCAGUGCACAAGAUCAAGAGAUGGUCAUCAGACAGGCAUAUGCCAGUGCUGGUCUUGAUCUAGAAAAGACGGGAUAUUUCGAGUGUCACGGAACAGGUACCCCCGUCGGAGAUCCGCUGGAGGUAUCGGCCAUUGGAAAAGUCUUUGGCGAUGUGCGAACUGCCGAUAAUCCUUUGCUGAUGGGGUCUGUGAAAACAAAUCUUGGUCAUGGAGAAGCAGCCAGUGCCAUCUCUAGUUUGAUAAAGACAGUUCUCUGCUUGGAGAAGGGGGAGAUUCCUGCAACCAUUGGGAUCAAACGAUUGAACCCUGCCCUAGACCUCCGCGACGGUCGGUUGCAGAUCGUUCAGAAACUAUCAUCGUGGCCAACUGCACAGUCAUACCGCCGAGCCAGUGUCAACUCAUUUGGGUAUGGUGGUGCAAAUGCGCAUGCUAUUCUGGAUGCAGUGCAGUCAUAUCUGAGUAGUUUGCGACAAAAUAUCCCAGCAUCUCUCCCGGCUCCUGAGAACAUCGUGGCGAAAAAGAAUAUAUUGCUGCCAUUUUCGGCCCACAGCGAGUCGACAUUGGAGAAAAACAUCAAAUCUAUUUCCGCCGACUUCCAAGAUGAUCUUUUCCUCCGUGACCUGGCACAUACCCUGAGCGCGCACCGCAGCAACCACUCCGCACGGGCGUUUACUAUCGUCCCUGGCGAUUUAAAUGUGGCUCAGCUCUCCGAUUCGCUGAGCUCGGACAAGCUUACAACUGGAACUGCCAUGGGCGCGUCUCCAAAGCUUGCCUUUGUGUUCACUGGACAAGGCGCGCAAUGGGCACAAAUGGGCCAUGGAUUGGCCCAGGAGUAUGCCAUAGUGCGCCGUACCCUGCAAAAUCUGAGCGACAUCAUAUCGAAAUUACCCAACGCGCCGGAAUGGAACCUCCUCGAGGCUCUUGCCCAGCCAAAGUCGAAGAGUCGCGUCAACGAAGCGGAGCAAUCGCAGCCUUUGACUACGGCAAUCCAGAUUGCUAUGGUUGAUCUCUUGCGCUCCUGGGGGGUGAAUCCGACGGCCGUCGUCGGCCAUUCUUCUGGAGAGAUCGCAGCCGCCUACACUGCCGGGCUCAUUUCGGCCGCCGAAGCCAUCAUCAUCGCAUACCAACGAGGCGCAGCGACAGUGAAGAGCACACAGCAUGGCGCUAUGCUGGCUGUCGGCAUGGGCCCCGAAGAGGUCGUGAAAGUCAUCGAAGAUAUUCCGGAUAUUGGUAUCGCGUGCUACAAUGCCCCGGAUAGCGUGACCCUUAGUGGCACGGAUGAGGCAGUUGAUGAGGCACGAGGUCGCUUUGCUCGUGCUGGUGUCUUCAAUCGAAAGCUGGUAACUUCUGGUAAUGCAUACCACUCUCAGUUGAUGACCGAGGCUGGAGCACACUAUGAACAAUCACUUCGGGAGUGUCUUCUUCCCAAUGACCCCCCUUCGGCUGGCCUUUCAACGGUCACAAUGUUCUCGUCGGUGACCGAGGAAGAGCUUCCGAUCGUCGAUCUCGACUACUGGAGGAGGAACCUUGAAUCCCCUGUGAGGUUUGACCAGGCGACCCAAAAACUCCUCAAGGCGCGCUCGGAGGUAAAUGUGGUGAUCGAGAUCGGCCCCCAUUCGGCUCUGGCCGCGCCAGUCAAGGCAAUCCGCUCGAAAUUGGGCUAUACCCCAGAGCGACUGGAGUAUAUGUCAGCCCUCAAGCGUAAUACCGACUCGGUUGAAAGCUUGCUCAAGCUGGCGGGAUCUCUCUUCUUGUCAGGAUGGCCUAUUGACCUCUCCACCGUGAAUGCGGACGAGACAAUGCACAAGGAUGAUGAUGGCGCUGAGAGUAUCCAAUACUCGCACGGCGCUUUUAUCAAAGACCUUCCCACAUACCAGUGGUCCUAUGAUGAGGAGCUUCUUUGGAACGAAAGCCGUCUCAGCACAGACAUCCGUUUCCGUUCAUACCCUCACCACGACCUGUUGGGAAGUAGACUCCCCGGCACGUCUAAUGUCUCACCGGCGUGGCGAAACCUCAUCAACUUGGAGAAUGUUCCCUGGCUCAGGGAUCACAAAGUCGGUGAUGAUAUUGUCUUCCCAGCCGCUGGAUAUGUUGCCUUGGCUGUCGAGGCUAUCACUCAGAUCCGCAAUUCGAGUAUCUCUGGCAUGAAGGACGUUUACACUCUGCGUGAGGUGAAUAUCAAAGCCGCGAUGGUGCUCAAGGACGGGCUCAGCACAGAACUGAUGUUUGAUCUUCGGGCUGUGCCUAGCCAAUCUGCCACCUAUCACUUCGCUGUGAGCACUUUCUCGCAGGGAAUCUGGACAGAACACGCUACUGGAGCGGUUCAAAUUGACAACGAGAGCACCGAUGAUCGAUUGCUGUGGCCCGAUAACAGGAAUGUCGGUAGUCGCGGUGGCAUGAACAAGAGCAGUUAUGAUCGCCGUUGGUAUUCUGCAAUGGACAAAGUUGGCUUGGUUUAUGGACCAGGCUUCAAGACUCUUUCCGACAUUCGUGCUAGCCCGGAUCACCAGCAGGCGACCGCGGAGGUUUCAGGGAGUGCCACCGAAGAUUUGAUGGGUCGCCAGUCACAGUACAUCCUUCACCCUACUACCAUCGACGCCUGUCUGCAGCUUUCAAUUAUCGCCGUUCAUCAUGGCAAGCCUGAAAGUCUCAAGAAGGUUUAUCUUCCUGUCGCAAUUCAAAAAUUGACGAUAUGGCCGCAGAACAAUGUCGGGGAGCUCCCUCUAGCAGCCUGUGGACGUGGACACCACCGCGGGCUUCGAUCAGUUCAGACAUUUAUUGAUCUUUCAUCGCCAAACGAGAAACCGAUUCUUCGAGCGGAGAUCUCAUUCUCAUCGCUUGAGACAGCAGCCGUUGAUGAAGGAACAAACAAAAGCCCACAGCCAUACACUAGGUUGGUUUGGAAGCCGGACUUUGAUCGCAUGUCAAAUGCUGAGGCCAAUGUCCUGUUCCACGGUACUCAAGAAGAUAUUUCAACCUCCAGGCACUUUUUCUCUGCCCUGGAAGAAGUCACCAGGCUGGCAAUUCGGAGCAGUGCGGAGAGGCUUCCGAGCGACCUGCAAACAGAUAAUCUGCCUAGCCAUAUGAAUAAAUUCCUUUCAUGGCUGAAGGCAGAGGGAAGUGCUCUGUCUGUGAGUGAAGGGCACGAUGGCUUGACAGGGAAAGGUCUCAUUGAAAAAAUCGAUUCCAUCGUCCGGAAGGUCGAGCAUACUGUUCCCGAGGCCGCCAUGGUCGCCCAGCUCAACUCUCGAAUGCCAGAGAUUCUAUCUGGGUCUGUGGGUACAUUGGACGUCAUGGUUGAAGAUAAUCUACUGUCAAAGAUCUACGAAGAUGGCUUUGGUCAAGUUGGUGCUUAUGCCAAACUGAGCAACAUCAUGGAGCUGGUGGCCCACAAGGACCCUCGCCUCCGCAUUCUCGAGCUCGGUGCCGGUACUGGUGGUGCGACGAAGCCGAUGUUGCAGGCCCUCCAUGGAGACACCUCGUUGCCAAAGUUCGAGAAAUAUGACUUCACAGAUGUUUCAAAGGCGUUCUUGGGAGUUGCGCAGGAGAAGUUCCAGGGCUACCGAAACCUGGAUUUCGGGAUUCUCGACAUUGAGAAUGAUCCUGUUGCCCAAGGCUUUGAAGAAGGAUCAUACGACAUUGUCUUCGCCUCCAACGUUAUUCACGCAACACGAAAUGUUGCCUCAUCCCUUGGCAACUGCAGAAAGCUCUUGAAGCCCAAUGGCAAGCUCAUUAUCAUUGAGACAACCAAGCAGCGACAAGUUACUGGCUUUAUGCUCGGAGCACUGCCCGGAUACUGGCUAGGUGCGGACGACGGGCGACCAUCAAGCCCAUUCCUGUCCAAAGCUCUGUGGCACCAGAGAUUGCUCGAUGCUGGGCUUUCGGGAGCAGACAUAGUCCUUGAUGAUUACCCGGAACCUGCCGAUUGUACCACUUUGAUGGUGUCUCGCAAUACUGAUGUUGCCCAUCAGAACGGCACCAACGGAGUUAAUGGAGUGCAUUCAUCCAAUGGGUCGACUCACGCCAAUGGCCAGAACGGUACCAACGGAGCCAAUAGAUCAAAUGGGGUGAAUGGGUCCAACGGCAGUCAUGCCCCAAAUGAACAAAAUGGCUUUAAUGGGGGCAACGGCCACCAACCACCCCAGGUCACUCUGCUAUACCGCAACAAGCCCCAGCCGUUCCAGGAGAAGAUUGAGCAGCAUUAUGCAAAGCUUGGCAUAUCAACCCGGUCAAUGGCUCUGGAGGAUGUUCCCUCACUGCUUGAGCAUGAUUCCCGGACCAUCAUGCUUGGUGAGUUGGAGGGCCCACUGAUGGCACGUAUGACUCCAGGCGAGAUGCAGGCCAUCCAAAGAUUCACUCAACUGGCGGCAACCGCCAUCUGGGUUACGAAUAUCGACGUGCUCCAAGGUCAAGAUCCGGAAAAGUCUCUGGUAUUUGGAUUGGCAAAAUCUAUCAUGACCGAACAGCCAUCUUUCCAUCUUUGCAGCGUGGAUGUUGAUAUCGCCGAUGGGCAACCAGGUCAUCAAAGCAGUGUCGAUCUCAUUGUGGACACCGAGAUUGCAUUCCACAAAGACCCUAAUGGUGAGUUAGAUACAGAGUUAAUCGAAAAGGACGGUUUGGUCUACAUCAGUCGGUAUGUGACCGAUGAUGCGGAGAAUGCCAACUUCGAGCGCCACUUCUCUAUCAAGCCGACUGCCACAAGCAUUGUGGAGAGCGACACUUCAAAUUAUUCCCUUGAGUUUGAGAAGGUUGGGCGCCUGGAUAGCUUCUAUUUCAAGGAGCAGGCCCUGGAGUCACUCGGCGAGCAUGAAGUUCUCCUAGAUAUUCAGAGUGCUCCCCUUGAUGCUUUAUCAAUUCCAGCUCUCAAAGGGCAAACAUCCUCUCCAUGCUUCGGCCUCGAGAUGGUGGGAACUGUCCGUGCUGUUGGUCCUCAGACAUCGAGGUUGACGAAAGGAGAUCGAGUAUGCUGCUUCUAUCCUCACCACUUCGAUACGGCAAUCAUCGUGGAUGAGCGUCACUGUGAGCUACUCUCAGUCUAUGAGCGAUCCGAGGACCUCAUCAGCCAGAUACACCCCGUUGUCACAUCGCUGCAUAUCGUUGAAACGUUGCUGCGAUUACAGUCCAAGGAUCGAGUGCUGAUUGACUGUCGCCACGCACAUCUUGCCUACGUGAUCUCGCAAGUCGCUCUUCUAACUGGAUCCGAUAUCCAUGUUACUUUCAACUCCAAAGCUGGACAGGCUCUCCUCCAACAGCUUGGCGACAAGGCUAGCUUGGUUGAUCGUCAGGCUGUAUUUCACAAAGCCUUGCUUGAUACCUCAUUUGAUGCCAUCCUAACCGACGCCAAGGGAGGUUAUCAGCUACUCGGUAAUUCCCUCAACCAUGGAGGUCGCAUCACCGUCUUGUCAAACGCUGUACCUGGUGAUAUGGCAAGUGCGGCAGUAUCAUUCCUCAACAAGGGCAUCACUAUCGGGGUGUUCGAUCCUAUUGAUGGAUUCGCAGCCGCGUCUCUCCAAAAACCCAGUUCCUUAGCCAAAGCACUGGAUCUUCUCCGUCGGAAUGUCAUCCGCCCUGUGCUUUCUACGCAGUAUGACCUAUCUGACUUUUCAGAGGCCAUUUCUCAUAUCUCUCAAGAAGACUUUGUUGGAAGAGCGGUUCUGACUCGUGCGGCGAGCACAGUUGUUCCCGUGCACACAGUCACUGCACCAUUGGUUUUCAACUCACAGGCUUCAUAUCUCUUGAUAGGUUGCCUGGGUGGUCUGGGAAGAAGCCUUGCGACAUGGAUGGUCUCUCGUGGUGCUCGUCAUUUCAUUUUCCUCUCUCGCAGUGGUGCCGAUAAGCCAGAAGCGACUGCUUUGGUGAAGGAACUUGAAGAACUUACUUGGACGCAAUACCCAGAUAUGACCGUACAGGUUGUUCGUGGCGAUGUCUCAAUCAAAGAAGAUGUCAACAGAGCCAUUCUUUGUGCCAAGCAGCCCAUCAAGGGAGUGGUCCAGGCUGCCAUGGUACUCAAAGAUACACUUUUCACUGAAAUGACUCUGGGUCAAUUCAACCAGGUCCUCCAUCCCAAGAUGGUAGGCACAAUCAACUUGCAUGAGCUACUUCAAGGCCAUGACCUCGAUUUCUUCGUGAUGACCAGCUCCGUGCUUGGCGCGAUUGGCGCUGCCAUGCAGAGUAACUACUCUGCUGCAAAUGCAUACCUUGACCACAUGGCACGUCAUCGCCAGAGCAUGGGACUGCAGGCUACAUCCAUUGCAUUGGGCAUGAUCCUUGACGUGGGGCACGUCGAAGAGCAUCCCGAGGUGGAGAAGGCUCUCAAGCGAAAUGGCAUGUACGGGAUCAGUGUCGACGAGUAUCUCCUUAUGAUGGAGUUUGCCUGUCGCCGUCGUGAUCUCGGCAGCGUCUCGAGCACCCAAGGUCCAUUCAAGUACGAUCCCUGUGCGUCUGCCCAUAUCGUUACUGGAAUGGAUCCUACUCGUGUCUCUCGCGCAGGAGGCAAGUCUCUCUGGCUGAAAGACAAUCGGCUGCGCAAUCUUGUUGCCGCACUUGGCGGUGGAAGUGAAGGGGAUGUUCUUAACGCCGAGCAAUCCGGAGGCGCAAACACCCGUGAAUUGUUGGAGGCUGCCCGCGCCGAAGGAGGGGAGACUGCUGUCAAGUCUGUGAUCUUGGGAUUGAUUCUAGCAAGAUUCUCCAAGUUGGUUCUCUUGCCCGUUCAAAAGAUUGACCCGGGCAAAUCUCUGGCGCACUAUGGGAUGGACAGCAUGAUUUCAGCAGAGCUGAAGAGCUGGGCAUGGAAGGAGUUUACAGUGGACUUGCCCUUUUUGGGGCUACUGGAUCAAGGUCUAACCUUUGAUGCACUGGCCGAUCAGGUGGUGGCUCUGGCCGAUACAAAGUCCAGCUGA